AUGGCCGCCUUCCAUCCCACCAUCGGUGCUCUCCGUCUCCCUGCCGCNUGCCCCUCCCCCGUCCAGGCCAUCGACCUGGAUCUGCUGCCCUCGGACGGCGAUGCGGCGUUCCGCCACCACAACGACCCUCUCUUCGCGGUCAUCGACCCCGACACGGUCGCCACCGACUUUCGCGCGGCCAUUAGCCGCCAGGCUGACCUUCAAGUCCUCUUCGGAGGCAUCUCCUUCGCCAUCCGCGAUCUCCCUGCCGGCUACCAAGCAGAACACCGCGUCUACGCCGCGCGCAGGGAGCUGCGCAUCUACGGCCACCCCAGCAGCCAGUACUUCAAGAGCUGGGCCACUUGGGGUGUACAUCUCACCUCGCUGCUCAAGGAAGACUUGCAGCACUGUGCGUGUGUGCUGUGUGCUGUGUGGCGCCACAGAGCACCCGCCAAUGCUGCCGUCAAUGUCGGUCUGCCUUUGGUGCCCGGUGGUGCUGUGGGUGCUGCACUUGCUGCUACGGUUGCUAGAGAGGUGCAGAGGGCUAGAGAGCAAGUUGCUCAGGAGGAGUGCGUGGGGUUCUUGGCGAGAGCUGCUGAGGUUGGAGAUUUGGCCGAGUGGCAGAGGAGAGUUGUUCAUGAGGCUUUGGAGAAGAUUGUUGGUGGAGAUGGUGUUUGUCGCUGA